GGGCAUAAAUAGUUUGUUUUUAUUAUUUGCGUUGACUAGUGGAUUGGUGUGUUUUAACUUCCCGGCAAUGUUUUCGAGUUCUUGUUUCCCAACGUAAUGUACAACGCCCUGGCGCUUAUAACGACGUGAUUACAACAGUUCACAGAAUGCCACGCCGCAAGAAACGAACCCGCCAACAUCGCGGCGAUGCUGAAGACGAGGAAUCCGUAGAUGACGUUGACAGCACUCCACCUAAAGCUGAACCACUUUCGCCAGCUUCCAAAGAAGCGGACGUGCUUCCCACCUCCGGAUCACUUUUGCCAGAGGAGCAGUUCAGGCUGUGCUGCAAGAACUGCAACAAGACCUUUCCAGACGACGAGUCGCUUGAAGCCCACAUCCGUUUCCACCAACUCACGCUCUUCUCCUCCCACGGUGGUGCCCAGAAGACCUUCCUCGUCCGCAUCACGGUCAAGGAUCCCGUGGAGCCCCGCAAGUUUGUCUGCGACAUCUGCAAGAAAGUCUGCCUGUACAAGCACCACCUGCAGAAGCACAUGCGGGUGCACAUCUCGGAGCGGCGGGAGCGCUACCAGUGCGACAUCUGCAAGAAGACGUACCACGACGUCUGGUACAUGAAGCGCCACAAGCGGACGCACUUCGGUGUCCGCCCGUUUGCCUGCGAGGUGUGCGGGAAAGGCUUCGGCCACAAAUUUCACCUGAACCACCACAUGCGGAUGCACCCGUCGUGCGCCGACUGCCGCAGGUACUUUCAGAAGGGAGUGGAGUUGGAGCUGCACCGUGCAUCGGAACAUGUUGGCUGAUCCGGACCAGAGUUGUCGUAUUGGUAGACGUUGGCUCAUUUGGGGAACUCUGUACUCUGUUCACGUGUGAAGGUGCGUACGCUCCGUGUCAGGUGCGAUUUCGGCCGUGACAAAGUCUUCCACAUAUCUGAAACCAUUGUUUACGUUGAUACGUUUACUGGUGGCACAAAAGACAUUUCAGAUUUUUACCUGCUUUCAUAGUGAAAAUAGCCUCGUUGCACAUGCAGCAUAGCUCUUUUUCUUAUAACAAAACUCAUAACAAAUUUUUUUCAUAACAAAAAUAACAAUUUCAUUGAACGUUUCGCCUCCCAUGUAUUUUCCAUCCCCGGUCCCUCCCGAAAUCGUCCAUAAUAACGAGACAAAAAUGCGUGUAUUUACCCAGUUUGUUUCCGAAAAGAUUUUCUGUAUAAUGGGGAGUCUAUAUAGUGGUGCGUAUAGUAACAAAACAUGGCUGUAAUUUACGCCGUUUCUGAAAAAGUCGGUUAGCAGACGAAAACAUACUUUGCCGUACAGCAUGUAUGGGAAUUUCUGCAACUGUGUAUAGGGUAUUUUCACAUGACAGUAAUCCACCAUAUUGUGUUAGAAUGAGUCAAUGAUGAAAUGUUUUGUUUAUCAGAAAAAAAAAAGAGUUGAUGAAACAUAAGUUUUCAUGCAGUACCAAUUUGAGGGCGCCGUGUGAAUGCUUGAAAUACUUGCCUUCAGGAUGUGGCACAUAGCUGACGACAACAAAACGGUGGACGAAAAUGUGCCAGUGAAAACGCCUUAUAUCUAGUGACGUUGGUAUUCGUGGUAUGUGACAGUUGGAUUGUUCUGUGUCAAUCUGCAAGCGAUUCGGCGCAUGUGACAAUGGUUUUGGGGAUCAUAACAAUUUUGAGGAGAGACGUGAGCUCGAGCCAGACUAUGCAGCUGUAUAUAUCAGCUAAUUCUGGCUAGAGUGCAAAGACAUAUGUUAUCUGGCAGCCAUGUUCUGCAUCUGAGGUCUGCUAUUUUUGCAGUUUCAUAGCCUCUGAAGCUUACGUUGAUGACAAGCUUUGUCAGUUAUUUGAUUUCUUGUCAAGUCAUUAUUCAGUGUUCUAAGAACUAGACUCGGUGCUUAUGAGUAGUGUUACAUCUGCAGCACAAAUUAUCAUAUCCAGAGAAGUCUUUAGGCUUCGUCACAUGUAGAUGUUUUGUUGGAAAAUGCUUACUGCAGGAUUGUUUUCUUUUUUUACGAAUGUUUUUCUUCUAGUGCAUUAUACACCGUGGAAUGCGCAGGGCUGCCACAGAAUUUGCAAUGUUCCCAACAUAUUUUUGUCUUUACACAUUCUUAUUGUGGAUAAUUUACUGGGCAAAAUAUUUUUGAUGUUUCAGAGCUGUUUGCGCAUUUUCACGCGGGACUUUGAGUUAACUUUGUAGCACCUUUGCCAGCCUUAUAGAAGACUUCUACAUUUUUUUUUAUGCUGAUAUGUCACAGUGGUGCUUCACAGAUUGUUUAUUUUUGUGGAAUAAAGAUAUAUUUUUAUGCA